UCCACUUGUAGCUCUCACUGUGCAGGAGCCAACACAGGGAGGUGCAAACUGAUGAGUCCAGAGAGGAUCAGCCAUGGCUGAAAAGAACAACCCCAGCUGAAAUACAGAGGUCAUCCAAAACCAAAAACGCUCCCGAACAGAAGACGGUGAUCAUCAAUGAGUGCCUCAUUGGUGACCUCAAGAUGAUCACUUGGCACCAGGAAAAAGGCAUUGAUCACUGAGCGUAUGCAAACCACUGCCUGGCCCUAGAGAUCCAGACCAAGGCCUUGGGGAAGAUCAGGAGGAACUCAGUGAACUAGCAACUGUAUUCAGACACAAACUCAAAACCAGGGGAAUAAGAAGCGCCAAUCACCAUGAUCGACCUGAGUUUUCUGACGGAGGAGGAGCAGGAGACCAUCCUGGCCGUCCUGAAAAGAGAUGCUGAGCUGAAGAAGGCUGAGGAGAACCGUAUCAGGAAGCUCCAGAGGUCGGUGAGUAACAAGGGCCAGCUCAAGUACCUGACUGGAGAAUGGUUUUAUGAGACCAAGUCGCUUCGCCAUCAGGACCGCAUCCACGGCUCUGACAUCAUCAGGGCCUCCAUGAGGCACACACACAAACCACUGACCAUACUGGAGCUCUCCAGGAUCCUGCCAGAGAGACCCAGUUUUGUCAGCAGUGAAAACAAGGAAGUGUUCGUCCCGUCUCAGCUCUCUGGACUCAUUCAGGAGCCUGAGGUGCAGCUCAGCAGUGAAAGGGAUCAAAAUGGGAAUCCUCAUGAAAAGCCACCAGAGAUACUUACAUCAGUUGUGCAGUCGCCCACAAAGCAAAGACAGAAUCCUUUCAACAAUGAACCCCUUGCAUCUCACAUUUCUGAAGAAACGGACAGCCAGUUAGUGGACGGACCAGCAGAACAAACCGAGACACUUUGUGGGGAGCCUUUACCAUCAUCUGACAGCUGCAUUUCUUACACUACUAACCUAAAGCAAGACCACCAGAAAGAUAGCCCAGUUGCCCCCAAUGAAUCUGUUCCUAUGCCAGUGGCCCAAGAGAGAACUGUCAUUAACAGAUCUCAGGAUUCUCUUACUGAGGUAGAUGGACAGACAACUAGACAGACUAACUCUGCUGGUCCAAGGGGAAUCCUCAAGCAUAUGUCCAGGUCUAGCUCCACAGACUCCCUCUGUUCCCGGCCAGACCCACAGAGUCCAGUAAGCCCAGACUGUUCCAUUGAAACCAACACAGCCAGAGACAGAGAUACCCUCAGCUGGAUAGACAGGAAACAAGUGAGGUUCUGCGCUGCAGUUGGCCAGGGCUGUGUGGAGUGGCAAGAUGGGAAGGAGCUGGGAGAACACAGUUUGCUGGAUGUGGACGCUAUUGCUCCCCAUGAGGUUUCUGUCGAACAUAGACAUGUGGAUUUAGAUGAUGAUUUCAAUUACGGAAAGGGGGUAAACCUCCAAAGCCAAGAUGCUGGCCAACACCAGGUCCCUGGUGAUCUCUGUGAGCACUGUCAUAAGGAGCUCCUUAGCCCUCAAGUGUCCAACCUUGUUUCAGCUGAGCAGAAGUCAGGUAAGGCUGUUCACCUGGAGACAGGGCCUGAAGAGGACCAUCACUCUCAGUCUAAGGCCACAGAUUUGCUGAUUGGACACAGCAUUCAUCAGCAACAGCUAAAGCUGCCUGAGCAAUCCAGUGACAAACUUGACAUGUUUGGUGAGGUCACCUCAGAUACUAAGUUAUCAAGUGAUGGCAGCUCCAAGAAUUCAUCUCAAUCUAUUUCACCAAAGCCUCAAAAUAGGCUGCUUGGAAUAUUUACAGAAGAGAAAACUGCUGAAUUGCAGAGUACAUGCAAAGAAGAACAGGAUGACAACCAAAAACUAUGUAGUCCUCAAUCAACUGCAGAUGUGUCUGAGGACAAUCAAAUAAACUUUGCUAGUGUUAAACAAGAAGCUAAAAUCCCUGGAACAACAGAGGUCCGAACACUACAACUUACAGCACUCCAGCACACUCCAUUUAAGGAAGCCAUGACCUCAGUCGGCUCAGACUUAGACACUCAACAGGACCCAACAGAGACCAAAGACAGAAUUUCAAUGUUUCCACAGAGAUUAUCCAACCUGAAAGCAUUCUGGGAGAAAGAAAACAGCGGUCCCAAAAUAAUCUUUACCAGAGAACAAACAAGGCAUGAAAACAUCCCCAAGACAGAAAUAGAUGCCUCACAUAGCCCUCAAAAUAUUCAGAUAGAGUCUGUUGUAGAAAAGAUAAAUAAUAACCUCUCAGCUAAAACAGAAUUGACAGAGCACUGCAGAUUUGAAGAUAAUGCUGCCCAGUGCCAUGAAGAGAUUUCCUCACCAGAGAUUGAAAGUAGCUUUGGAAUAGAUUUAUCAAAAGAAGAUUGUACAUAUAGAGCAAAUCCAGUUGUCAUCUGUGAAGAGACAGAUGAGUCUUUAACUGGUUCAAUAACAGAUUCUCAGAUUCCUGAGCCAGAAGAAAACAACACUCCCUUAUCUGUCUCUCUACCUUGCAAUAUUCCAGUGCAAUACCAAGAUAUCCCAGUUCCCCUUCCUAGGCAGUCCAGUCCACAAGAGAACAGGCCAGGUAAGAUCAGUGACCUUACAUAUUUCUGGGAGAAGGAGUCCUCAGGACCUAGAGUAAUUUCUGCAAAAGUUAAGGAGGCCUCAAGCAGUCCAGUACAUUCAAGUUUAGGUGAUACUAUCCAGUAUAAUGAGAAAAUAGUUGCCUCUCAUUCUGACCUAAGAGGACCCUUAGGUAGCAUAGAAAAGUCUGAGGAAGAGGUGCAGACAUCUUCAUACAGCACCAAGACUAAUAGUAUCUCAAACACAAAACACGUGACUGACAAGGGCUUUGUCAGUCAAAGUUCAUACAAACCACAGCUGAGGAGUUCUGCCAAUAUUGGAGAUAUAGACUCAACAUGUCAGCAAUAUCAAGGCAAAACUGAAACAGAGUCGGUUUUGCCUGAGGAAAGACCCCUUAGUCCUAGUAGACCCCAAACUCCAAAAUCAAAAGACUCAUCAGAUGAUGAAGUCAGAAGAAGUCCAUCCAAGACCUGCCACCCCAAGGCCCUACCUCGAGAAUCCUCCAGUCCUAAGGGUUCCAGACUGGAAGGCUCCCCCUUGAAAACCUUUCCAAUAGACAUUGCUCCCUCAACUAAGGCCCAUGAAGAACAAUCAGGAAGGCCAACACCAGCACCAAGAAAGAAACAAAGUCCAUCACAUGAAGCAAAGCAGUCAGUGUUGAUGGACAUUAAGUCUAACACAGAGAUCCAUCCUCCACGGUUAGACUCUGUACAGUCAAGCACUCCUUCGGCAAGGGGGACUAAUUCUGGCAGUGUAUAUACACAGAUGACUAGCAUGAGAUCCUCCACAGGGCUGCAUCCCAGAAAAGCUUCAGAAUCUGGUGAUAUUGAACCUACACCUACCAAAAGAGAUUCGAAUGACCAAAAUAUACCAGGGUUAUCAAAGAAGUCGGGAACUUUUCCACAUCUUGCUAGAUCUUUCAUUCAACAUGAUUAUCAGCACUACCUCGGGGCACCUGAGAAUGCUCAUCUCCCUCCGUUUGGUCAAGAAGAAGCUGUUGAAGAGUCUACUCCAGUGCUCAAUGAAGUGCCUAGACCACAAAGUCCUCUUAGAGACUUCAAGAGAAACCAGGGCUACAGGACCACCAAGGAGAAUCAGUCUAGGAUCAGUUCUUGGAUUGUGCAAAGUACUGACAGCAACUGCAGCCAAGACAGAGCAACCACGGCCUGGUCUCAAUCUCGGGCAAGUUCAGGCAGUCAUGAUGAUGAUUCUAGUCCCGUCAGGUCAGCCUUGAAACGAUUAUCUUCAAAGCCUAUGUCCUCAUCCAAAAGUCUGGAAAGCCUUACUGCGCACACAACAAGAGAAGAAAGAAGCAAAAACAACCCCAGAGGACAACCAAAUAUAAGCAUGGAUGAUGUUUCUGCCUUGCCACCAGCUGCCUGCUCUCUCUCAGACACAGAACAGAUGAAAAAGAUGAGUGCGUCAGUGCCUGUUUUUCAGCUGGAAGAGCUGGACAGUGACAGCACUUCUGAUAUCAUGGACUGGAAGAGAAACACUGGCAGCUCCAUAUCUAACAUAAGCCUGUCCUCUGGCAUGGCCUCCAUGUCCUCUGUCAGUGGUAGCAUGUCCAGCAUUUACCCUGCAGACUCCAGUGACAUCGAGGUCCAAGGCACCAUCCAGUUUGCUGUGAACUAUGUCCAGAAGCUGGGAGAAUUUCACAUCUUCGUGGUCCACUGCAGGGACCUUGCUGUGGCUGAACGCAAGAAGAAUCGCACUGACCCGUAUGUGAAAUGUUACCUUCUUCCUGACAAGACAAAGCUGGGUAAGAGGAAAAGCAGCGUUAAAAAGAAGACGGUAAAUCCCACCUACAAUGAAAUCCUCCGGUUUAAAAUCACAAUGGACGUGCUGAAAAUGCAAAUACUGAACAUCUCGGUGUGGCAUCAUGACACUUUUGGACGGAACAGUUUCCUUGGUGAAGUGGAAUUCGAUUUGUCAGAAUGGGAUUUCAGCAACGCACAGAUAAAUGAAUACGCCUUAAAAGCCAGGGUGUCAGCACAGAUCUCACCACCAUCUCCAUCAUGGUCACUGGAUAAGAGUCUGACACGAGGACAGAUGAGAGUAGCCUUGCGGUUCCUACCACAGUUAACCCACAGUAAGAGAACGUCCCAGAUGGAGACUGGUGAGGUACAGAUCUGGGUGAAAGACUGCAAAAACCUUCCACCAGUCAGAGGAGUUAUCAUCGACCCAUUUGUGAAAUGCACCGUACUUCCUGACACAAGCCGGAAAAGCCGCCAGAAGACUCGAGUGGUGAAGAGGACGGCCAACCCAAUGUUCAACCACACCAUGGUGUACGACGGCUUCCGGCCAGAGGACCUCAGAGAGGCCUGCGUCGAGAUCACGGUGUGGGAUCACGACCGACUGAGCAACCACUACAUCGGGGGCCUGAGACUAGGUCUAGGAACAGGCAAAAGUUACGGGGCAGAGGUGGUGUGGAUGGACUCAACGACAGAGGAAGCAAACCUAUGGAAGAGGAUGAUGCAGUCUCAUGGUGAAUGGGUGGAGGAUGUUUUGCCUCUCAGAAUGUUUGUGAUGGCAAAAAGCACGUCAAAAUAAGGCUGUGUAAGGAAAUGUAUCGAUAAAUGUAUGCAAACUGUGUAUGGAAACACACACCAGAAAAUGCCAAAAUGUAGAUGAACUUACAAGCCAAACACUACAAUGUGCAGAUUGUUUAGUGGUGGCAACAGCCUUAAACAGCACUGUGUACAUAUCUGUAUAAGUGAUAAUCAUAGUUAGAGAUGACUCAGACACAGUAGCUGAAUAUUCAUAGGCCCAUCCAUGAGUUAAAUUUGCUACACCUCACGAAAAGUUAACUAUUUAUGAAGAAUAUCAAAGAGUAUAAGACGUAAAAUUAAGAAAUUGCGUCAAUCCAGAAUGAUCUAUGAGCACCUGAUUUUUAUUUAGCUUUAUUGUUCUAUAAUGCAAUAAGUUCAAUGAACUAUUUCGUCAAUAAACCAAAUAUUAAUUUACUUAUGAUUGGAAGCCAUGACUGGGGGGAUUUCAGUGUUAUUAGAUGAUUGGAUCAGCUGUCUGAACCAUAAUGUGCAGCAACAGACUGAUGUAUUGUUGUUCACACCGAUUUAGCACUGAAAUGUUAUUUUCUACAAUGAAUAUUUUCUACAUAAAUGACAAUUUAUGGACUCUAUCCUCUACGUAGGCACCAGAUCACAGUGCUGGGAGCAUGCGAUAACCAAUAUUUCUUGAAAGUUAGAUUUCUGAGGUGAAAUGCUGUUCAGAGAGCAGUACGGGUGAAAUAAGGUCAGCCAACUAAGGAAACUGGCAAAGGAGAAAAAGAUCAGUGAGCCAGAUUUUCGGGCGAAAAGCCUGGCAAACAGCAUCGGUGUCACACCCUUAAUUAAUACCUUGAAGGCAAAUUACAGAAUUUCCCAAAUGCCUGUUUUACUGGUUUGUUGUGCCUG